UGUGUUUGCUCCUGGUUCUUCUCCUUCGUUGUCCUUGUUUCCUCCUGUCGUUGUCUUUAUUUAUUACUUGCUUGGUGUUUUUCACCUUGUCUUUUAUCGCAUCGCUCUCUCCUCAUUGGCUUGCUGGUCGCUUUUUGUAUUUGCGUUUCGUUUUUACACACCCUGGUUCAAAAGACGCCGCCGUACCUUUCUGCUGCUUCUCCUACUAUAACGACUGUUGCAAGUGCUCAUUGUCCUUUUUCCAACUGCAACGGGCACACACGCACUUGAGGUGUUUUCUCAUGGACGAUGGGCCCGUAAACAAGGCUAAUGCCUUUGCCAGUGCUGCUGAGGACUUUGCGGAAAGAGGACAGUAUGCAAACGCCGUCGAAGCUCACUUUCGUGCUGCAGAACAAUUUCUCUCGGCUGUUAGCUACACGGCAGAUCCAGAAGCAAUAAAGACUCUUAAACUCCUCUAUGCAAAUCACACGAGACAAGGAAAGGAACUCCAACGUCGUCUGCAAACGCGAUCCCCAUCUGCUUCUCCUCGUACAGCCCCUCAUCAUCAACAACAACAACAGCAACAGCACCCUGUCACCUCCCGCACAACAACAAAAACAACAAGGCAGCGCCCCACUUCCUUGCCUCCCCCUAACGCGCAGCCAACAUGGUCACCCCAUCCUCACCCUCAAUUUAGUCGCCCUGGAUCCUAUGCUAGCCAGCGCACACCGUCUAACGAGUCUCCCUCAUCGGGAUUCCCGGAAACAAUGGAAUACGGAUCGCGCCACUAUUUCUUGGGCCAGUCGCAGUCGGACAGUGGUAUGAUGAUGCAUUCUCAUCGAGCGACCAAUGGGGUGUAUGGUGGCGGUGGAAAUGUCAUUACCCACGCCACCAGCUCACAAGGACCAGCAACCAUGCCCGUAACGUCCUUGGAUGAGUCAGAACACUAUUCACCUGACGCUAUGGAUUCGGUCGCCCAAUCGUACUCUGUCGUCGGUGAAAAAGCCGGGGAUGAUCCUGAAGAUCCUUUCAACAAGUUUUGGGAAGCAGUCGAGAACCUCGUUGACAAGAUUUCCCUGACGGGACCUGUAGCUUUCGCUACCGCCCCUCUGGGAAACGUUCAAGGGCAAGAGCAGCCUGCAGUCAGUUCUUUGGCUGGGUAUCCUGACGCGUCAAGAGACCCGCAAAAUCGUGACCUGGCUGAUACCCUCCGCAGUACAACCAUGCUCAACUCAUACUUUGUCGUCCCUCCGACGGGGGAAGGUAUGGCCACUUCACGCUCAUUUUCCUCGCAUACAUCUGCGUCCGCGUCUGGGGGGAUGAGUACGCAGUACGGCCGCCCCGUUUUUUACCACGGGGGUGUUGUAGUGACAGAGGCAGACAACAAUAUGCAUCCUGUAUCGGCCUCUAUUGAGUCCAAUUACUUUGGAGCAGCGGGUAACAGAAUGAGCAGCGUUCAUAGCAUGAACGAUUAUGGUCGUGGCGGUGGGAGUGGAGUUGGCAGGGUGGCUAGCCCUAUUCUUGGUUCUACAAGCGGAUCGGUCAUGUCAAGAGAAUAUGGGGGUGUGAGAUUCGAUAGGGGGCCCAUGAAAAACAAGACGCAGGAAGAGCUCUUGAUGGAGAAUGAGCAGCUCAAACACACCAUUGACCUACUCACUCGUAAACUCGCUGUGCUGGAACGCGCUGCUGAAGAGAAUAAUCUUCUCAGGAGCAGCAUCAUUCAGUUCCGGCAAGAUGUUCAGAAACAAGCCAAGCGCUUUAUGCACAGCCAAACGCAGUCGCGCUUUGGGAGUUUGUUGCAUGGACAUGGUUUUGGCCGAGGGACUGGGGUGGGACAUGAUGAUUCGACCGCCCUGGCACACCGUGUAGCAGAGUUGGAAGAAGAGUUGAAGAGGGUGAGAGAGGACAGUGAGAAGCAGUCGACAGCUAUGCAAAAGUAUAAGGAAAGAUGGGACAAACUCAAGGAAUCCGCCAAGCGUAAAAAGGAGGCUGCAUCCAGCACGACCACCACAACCAACGCAGCCCCGACGCCAACUACUGAUACCAAACCGACCCCAUCACCUUCCCCUCAACUCUCAAGACUACCUGACCGGCCUCACUACCAACCUCCCCCUCCUCCGUCGUCGACCUCCUCUGACUCACCUGUUCCACCGUCUCCACCCACCCACUUUUCGACAACGCCGCCAACGACGAUCAAUGUCGCAAAAGGGUUGGGUCUCGCUGCCGCCGCACUCGUUCCCACAGCCGCUAGAGGAGUCACCCACAACACCCGCCGAGCAAGCCUGACCAAAACCCCACCCGCAGAGCCCAUCAGUCCGAAAUCCCCGUCCCGUUCGAAUGCUCCACCCCAACCUGUACAGCAACAAGUGCAUUCGCAACAUGGGCAACUGCUGAGUCCUGGGGGAGCAAGCGUAUCAGCAAGUCAUGGAACUGCUGCAUCCAUGUUUUAUUCAGCGACAAGCGGCUUUGGGUUCGAAUAGUGUGGGGAACGUGAUUAUGAGAUGUUGGGUGACAGCGUGCAUUUGCAAUUGCGGAGUGUGUUCGUUUUGUAGUCGGGGUUUUUCUGUUUUUCGUAAAAUAAUACGAAAAUGGGGCGAAACACUCGUGGAUGUGUUUGUAUUUGGCGAGUUGCUGAGUGGUUUAAAUUGCGGUCGUUGGUAUUUAUUUAUUGUUUUGACUGUUCUUUUAUGUUGAAAAGACAAGUUUUGUCGUUCGUUUCC